AAAGUCUACACGUUAUUUUCAUUUUUCUACAACUAAAUUUAUUCUAGUUUCUAUAAUAAAUAAAAUACAAACAAACAUAGCUAUUACCUUUCACUGUCAUUCCUUGACAGAUAAAAGAAGAAAUUAAUCAAAAUGGCAGACGACAAACUGAAGUCUAUGAAAUCUUUAAUAAGAGCAGUAUUAAUGAGCAGUAAAGAUGGUGUAGCUACAACUAGAUUAUUAGCCGAUUACAGCGAGUUUGCUGGGGAAUAUCUGCCGUAUAAAGAGAUGGGGUUCCCGAGCGUGAUCAAAUUUAUAGAAAGUAUCCCCGAUGUAGCCAGGAUACGAUAUGACCAUAAAACAGGGGAAGAAAGAGUCAUGGCUGUAGCCGAUGAAUCUACAGCUCAUAUACAGAAAAUGGUCUCCAAACAGAGGUCUGCUAAAAAACGCAAGAAAGCUUUGCCUAAGGUCAUGCACAGAAGACCCACAAGACCAGUAGUACCAGGCAGACCGCCCAGAGGACCUCGCCCACCUCCUCGGGGACCUUACAGGGGUCCACCAUAUGGGGGUCCACCUUAUGGGGGUCCACCUUAUGGAGGUCAUCCUUAUAGAGGUCCACCUGGCUGGCAAGAUUACGCUAGAAAACCUAUGUACCCGCCUAUGGCUAGACCCUACAGUUCUCACGGCAGACCGGCUGUCCGACUGGACCCUUAUGGUCGAGCUAUAUCUCCUUUGUUACAAGUACCACUGAGUGAAUUUGGAGGCAUGUGGGAUGAUAAUAAUAACACACCCAAAGACAAUCAGAGUCCUGUGAAAAAUUACACUGUCACUGUGGGAAAUGUGGUUAGCCCCCGUUCUGGAAAUUUUCACAGAAAAGUAUCCGACAACCCUUGUGGGGAACCUUAUGAUGAUAGACGAAAAAAUCCUCAUCCGGGUGCAACAAAUGAUAAAAAAUAUGGCAGCAGUUUUGAAAAGCCACCAAGAUUCCAGAAAAAAGAAGAGAACUCUUCCAUAAAACCAGUUGCAGUUGUUAAUCCUAACACAAUGGAAAACUGGGAUUCACCAGAGAAAUAUCCCGUUCAAUCCACACAAAUUGAAACAGAUUUUUCAUCUGAUUCAUCUGACAGCUGUGAAUAUUUAGAACUUUUGGAGGAUUUUUCUCUCCACCAUGAUGUUGAGGUUAACGUGGAUACGACAGAGGCUAGAGUAGGAUCAAUAACUGGACAUUUGGGACUUGUCCACAUGAAGGGAAGAAAUAUUGGCAGUGUUGAAGUUUUUGAAACGGAGCUAGCUGCCAGGGAGCAAGCAGCUAAAAAUGCCUGUAAAGAAUUCAAUAUCACUAAAGAAAAUGUAUACCAGGACAGAUCAGAGACAUCAGGUAAUUCUAGUGCUGAAGCACCGCCAGGACAAAUCCAGGCCAUUAAUACAGUUCCUGAUGCCUCUGCCAAAGUUCCUGUAGAAAUUAAACAGAAUAUAAUGAAGAUAUUAGAAGAGAUCACCGAGAGAGGACUUUGGGGUGCAAGAUUUAAGGUAAGAUAUACAGAAGAGUUUGGACCAGCACCAGAUGACUUGAUAGAGAUGAUACAGCAGUGUACUGAUAUUGCCAGAGUUGAAAUAACGCAUGACAGACCUAUAAUAUACGUCAUUAAACAAGAAAAACAGAAAGAGCCAGAACCUAAACAGCAAGCAGUAGAAGUCCAAAAACCAAUCCAAAAUACUGUCACACCACCAGCCACUAAGUCUUAUUCAGCGCGUACUAUUCCUAUCAUAAAACCAACUGUAGCCUCAGCUGGCAAUUCCUUACCCCUCAUAGUCAACCCUUUUAAGGGCACUGUUAUACCACCAGCUCCAGAAAUGACCAUUGGCACGGAUCACAUAGCCUAUGUAACCUAUGCCACAUCAGUAACAGAAUUCUGUAUACAGUUGGAAAGUAGCUGCUGCGAUCACAUAAAUGACGUGCUCCAAAAAGUUUGCAAGAAUUUACCGAAACCAGAUCCAAAGUAUGUAGAGAAAGGUAUCUACUGUUCAGCUCUGUACAGUGAAGAUGAACAGUGGUAUAGAGCUAUAGUCAUGACUGAUGUAGUAGACAGGAAGUUAACGGUCCGAUUCGUAGACUAUGGUAACAUCGAAACAGUUUCAUUGGACAAUAUCAGGCAGUUACCGCCAAAAGUGGUCAACCAGCCUGAGCAGGCUAUAGUCUGUUCUUUAUAUGGUAUCAAACCUCCACAAGGUGAUACCCAAUGGAGCAAAAAAUCUUUACAGAUAUUGGCUGAAUUUGUGCAAGAUUUAGCCUUAAUAGCCCAGCCUGUCAUUAUACAAGAUGGUAUAUAUGACGUCAAUCUCUACCAUGUUGAUGAUAAAGAAAAGUCUGUCAAUCAGAUGUUAUUGGACCAGGGAGAAGCUGUAGUAUUGUCAUCACCUCCACAACGAUCUCCUGAUGAACCAGAACUAUUAGAUAUCCCUGAUGAAAAGUUUUUGGAUGUGUAUGUCUCUUUUCUCAGUCCCAUUACUGGUGUAAUGGUUAGGCUAGUUGGUGAUCAGUUCUCGGAUAAAUUAGAAGAGUUGGAAGCAGAAUUAGAAAGUUUCUACAAGAUCUCACCCUUCAACUACAUAAUUACAGCUGGGAUGGUGUGUGUGGUCACCUUGGAUUCCUUGUACCACAGAGUCAAAGUUCUAUCUAUAGAAGGAGACAAGCGAUUGACCAAUCAGAUGACAGCCAUAUCAAACCCACUGGUCCCAGAUAACACAGCUGAGUGUUAUUUCUUGGAUCAUGGUGAUUCUGAAUUGAUAUUAAAAGAAGUAUUAAAACCAAUUGAUGUCGAUUUGAACAGAAAACUUCCUUAUCAGGCUGUAAGUGUAAAUUUAUAUGGUUUAGAGAACUACUUAGUUGAUCCCACAACAUUUGAUCAGUUGUUUCUGGUCGUGGCUAAAAUCUGUGUGGCUGAGGUGGUAUCUAGGGAUGGCAAGCUAACUGUAGUUCUGUAUGACACAGACGGAGAAGAAGAUCUCAACAUCAAUGAACAGAUCGCGAAGAUCCUCAUUUCCGAGGGAAAGACAAUUGAUUUGAACUUAUUCUCGUGCAAUGUGGGACCCAGUAAUUCCAGUGACACUCAAAGUGUGGGUAGCAACGACUCUGGACCUAUCCACUCCCGAACAGACAUCCCCAAAAACAUUGUGAGUCCUUUCGAACCGAAGCAACAGAAUGAUCUAGCUGCUGAAGCUGUGAGCUCCAUGCAAGCCAACUUUGACAGCAUGACCUUAAGCAAGAACACUGUAGAGACAGCCAGCCUCCCGUCCGGGAUCUCCAAUAGUGCUAAGUCAUCCUCUUCCAGUAUCUAUACCUGGGAUAAAUCUCAAAACCGAACGUCGACGCCCACAAACGGAGCGUCCAUAACCCCUACUGUGAUAACCAGUGUCCCACAAGCCCCAUCAACUGCUACUGUGAUGCCACCUUAUGUUGAAAUCCCUCCUGUGGGUAAAAUGCUCCCUAUAUAUGUUCUGUGGGUUGCUGACCCAACAAAUUUUGUGUGUUUACCGUAUGAUCAAGUGGAAGAUCUAGAAAGAUUUAUGGUUCAACUUAAUGACCAUUAUGCCAGAGCUGUGUUUGAAGAAGUAGAACCAGAAGUUGGACAUCUUUAUGGUGGUCAGUAUCUUGGAGCCUGGUACAGAAUGAUCGUUAAAGAGAUCUUUGGAGAACAGCUCAAUGUAUAUAUGGCUGACUAUGGGGAGUACACCAUCUUAACAGCUGAGGACCUUCAACCAUUGCCCAGAAAGUUCUGUUCCCUUCCUUUCACAGCUUUUAAAGGAAAACUUCAUGGUCUAUCCAGUGUUGGUGACUAUUGGUCAGAAUCCUCCAAAUAUGCCUUUAUGCAGCGGGCUCAAGGUCGCAGCUUCUUUGCCUUGAUCUGUGAUAAAGAUGAGGAAGAGAGGAUGAUCUCCCUUAGAUUGAUUGACACUUCGGAUGAAAACGAAGAUGUCUGCAUCGAUGAAGUUUUGAUUAGUAUGAAUUUAGCUCGAAGAUCUUGAAUUAUGUAUAGGGAGAUCCCUGCUUGAGGUUGUCUAUUUCAAAUACAUAGAUGUGUGCUUCACCCUUGAUACAACAUGGUAGCAUAAGAUGUAUUUGAGAACAUGAAGUUAAGUUUCAAUUUGCAUGUGUUCAUUAUUACUGCAAAUAUUUCUCAUGUUCGACUUGAAAUAAAUUUGUGACUUUUGAGUAUGAUUUUCAGUCAGUAUUAAAUGUCCCAAAUUCCCAACUUUCCCCUAAAUCAUAAUAUUCUAGUCAAUAGGGUUAAAUAUUUGAUAUUUAUGUACAAAUAGUAUAAAUAAAGUCUUGUUUUUUUGUCUUUUUUUCAUAUUUUCUGCAAGAUCAAUUAUGAAUCCUAUAUAUAAUAGAUUUCUAAAGAAUUCAGGAUAAUUUAGUAGCACUUUAUUUUUGUGUGAAUAGCCAAAGACAGUUAACCCUUUGAAUACUGAACUGUUCACAUUGAAAACUAUUUGUGUUCAAAGGGUUAAGGAUUGAGAUAUUUGAAAAAAAGGUGUAUAUAAUUUUGUUUUUAAGGUUUUUGAUUUGUUAAAAUUUUCCAUUCCAUUUUUUUCAUUAAAUCUUAGUGCUUUUAAUCCAAGUUGUUUUUCCUCUAGCAAUGUAGGUCUAAUAUAUCUUUGCUUUGAUUUGAUAAUACCUAGUGACCUAAUUAAGCGUCAUACCUAGUGACCUAAUUAAGCGUCAUACCUAGUGACCUAAUUAUGCGUCAUACCUAGUGACCUAAUUAUGCGUCAUACCUACUGACCUAAUUAUUUUGUCAUACCAUUGGUAUAGUACAUACUCGUACCAAGUGGAUUCUUAAAGUGCAAAAAGACAAGGCACAAUGUUCAUUACUGUUUAUGAUAUAUCAAUUUCUACUAGACAAGAUGUGGAUGCAAUCGUUAUUUUCUGCUGUAUCAAUACACUAGAUAUUGUAUUUGGUUUAUUGGCGUCUGAAGAUAAUGUUAUAUGAUUGAAAACAGUUGAUAUCUUAGUACUAUAUAUCGCGUAUUGUUAACUGUAUUAUCUUGUAAAUAAAGAUUAUCUUGUUUUAAA